UUUGGCAAAUGGAAGUGAUGUAUAGUAGAAGUGGCGGAGAAGAUACGAUGGUUUUAUCAGCUAUGCUUGCCACCGUCUCUCCAUCUCGUCCUAGCGUUUGUUGUGAAUUCCCCAGUUUUCGUUCGGAUGUUAUGUCGGAGGUUAAAUAGGACGAGGCGAGCACGCGACAGGAAAUCUAUAACACCAACACGAAUAGCAUCCAUGGAUGACUCUACCCUUGCGGAAAACAACAUGUUACAGUGUGGAACAGAUCCGGACGAGCAUGGUCAUGGACAUUUCUUUAUCAAGAAAACAUUUCACAAACCAACAUACUGCCAUCACUGUACCGACAUGUUGUGGGGACUCAUUGGGCAGGGCUUUGUUUGUGAAGUCUGUAACUUUGUGGUACAUGAACGCUGUCUGAAGACAGUUGUCUCCCCUUGCUCCAGCAUUGCCACCAAUCUGAUCAAGAACCCUGUUGCCCACUGCUGGACAGAGCCGAGUCACUUCAAACGCAAGUUCUGCAAUGUAUGUCGCAAGCGCCUAGAAGACAGCCUCGCCAUUAGAUGUGAAUUGUGUGAGUAUUAUGCUCAUUUGGACUGCCAGGACUUUGUUGUCAGUGACUGUAAGGAAUGUGCUACCUAUGUACCACACAAGGAGCUGGUAAAUGUUGUCCAGUAUCAUCAGUGGAGGGAGGGGAACUUACCAGCCAACUCCAAAUGUGUGGCCUGCAAGAAAACCUGCUGGUCAGCUGAAUGUUUAGCAGGCAUGCGCUGCGAGUGGUGUGGGGUUACGGCCCAUGGUGGCUGUUACAAAAGCUUGCCGGUGGAAUGUAACUUCGGGAGCCUGAGGAAGAUUAUGCUUCCUCCAAGUUGUCUGACAAUUCCUAGAAUGGAUGUCAGCAUGGAGACUAUUCUUGGCUUCAACAAGAAGGGAGAUUCUGUUCCAGUGAGAACUGUUUCUGAGGAAUGGCCAUCAAGUGGAGAGUCAAAGAAUGAUGAUGAAGAGAAAGAGCGUCGCUCCCCAAGGGAGAAGGAGAGUCGCGACAAGGAGAGGGACCCAGAAUCUGAGAUAAUCCGAGUGUUUGAUGGGAAUUCAUCCAUGAGGAAAAGGAUGUACCGCACAAUAUCUGUUGCUAAGAAUGCCCCAGCUCAGGCUAUACUGGAGGCUGCCCUCAAAACAUUCCACAUAUCUGAUGACCCCAAGAAUUACUAUGUGUCAGAAGCUUCAGAGUUUGCCCUUCAUGUUUCAGGUGAGCGAGAGCUGGAGGAAAAUAGCCCUAUAAGGCAACAACUCAAGACACCAGAUGGCAAGCGCCCCUCUAUUUUCCUGAGAUACAAGGAUCGUGACCCAGAGAAGGGCCAUCUGAGGAUCUACCCUGGCGGCCUCAGGGUUUCUGCUCCAUAUAAGAUUAUUGAAGUUACAAAGGAUACCACCUCUGAGGAUGUCAUCAAAAUUGCUCUCAGAAAAUUUGGACUUCAUGAUGUGUAUCCAGAAAAUUUCAGUCUGAUUGAGGUUCUCUUGGACAAAGGCGUCUCGGAGAAACAUCUGGAAAAGUCGGAAAAACCAUGGCAACUCAUACAACAAAGUAGAAAGGACUCACUGAGACAGAACCGUAUGACACGGUUCUACCUUCAGCAGAGGGAGGACCCCCAUGGACCUGCCAUAUCCAUGUUUGUUGGAAACCUUCCAACUGGGCUGUCACAGCGGCAGUACGAAAAGAUCCUUCUGGAUAUAGUGGGCAAAGGAAAUAAAUGGAACCAGUUUGAUGUGAUCUACUAUGAAUAUGGAGCCCUGGUUCUGGUGUACACCAACUCGGAAAAAGCUUCCCGUGUGUUUAACAUUCUACAGGACUCCGUAUUCGAUGAAAAGCCACUUCUUGUGCUAUUACUUCCUAACAUUCAGUCACACAUGAUCCCGGAGAACUUUAACCCCCUGCUCGUCUUCGUCAACGUAAAGAGUGGUGGUUGUCAGGGCCUAGAACUCAUUACUUCCUUUCGCAAACUUUUAAAUCCUCACCAAGUUUUUAAUCUGGAGACUGGUGGCCCACUGCCUGGGUUAUAUGUGUUCCGUAAUAUACCUUACUACAAAAUCCUGGCCUGUGGGGGUGACGGUACCGUGGGCUGGGCCCUCUCUUGUCUCGAUAAUGUGGGACAGGAUGCUGUGUGUCAGUCACCACCCUUGGCCAUUGUACCCCUGGGCACAGGCAAUGACCUUGCCCGCGUGCUUAGAUGGGGGCCUGGCUAUACUGGGGGCGAGGACCCACUUAACCUCCUCAGGGAUGUUAUUGAUGCUGAGGAGAUCAAGUUAGACAGAUGGACAGUGAUUUUUCACCCCAAUGAGAAGGAGCAGAAUGACACGAGAGUAGCCAUCGCCAAUGACACCAACUCUGCAAACACAAAUGAAGACACGACAACCAUCUUUGUGAUGAAUAAUUACUUUGGUAUCGGGAUUGAUGCUGACCUCUGUCUCGACUUCCACAUUGCACGUGAGGAAAAACCAGACAAAUUCAAUAGCAGAUUACAUAAUAAGGGAAUGUAUUUGAAAAUUGGUUUACGGAAGAUGGUGAACAGGAAAGCUUGUAAAGACCUACAUCGUCACAUGAGACUAGAGGUGGAUGGUAAACCUGUGGAGCUUCCUCCAGUAGAGGGCAUUAUUAUACUCAAUAUACUCAGUUGGGGGUCUGGAUCCAAUCCUUGGGGCCCUGAGAGAGAAGACCAUUUUUCUAAACCAAACCAUUAUGAUGGUAAUCUUGAAGUCGUGGGAGUCACAGGCGUGGUACACAUGGGGCAGAUACAGGGUGGCCUACGUUCGGGGAUACGCAUAGCACAGGGGGGACAUUUACGGAUAACAUUGCUAGCAGACAUACCGGUCCAAGUUGAUGGUGAACCUUGGGUUCAGCCAGCCGGCCAAGUCGUAGUACUUCGAUCAGCAUUAAAGGCAACAAUGUUGAAAAAAAGCAAAAAUAAGAUAAAGCGGCGAAACACAGAACCCAGUAUAUUUUUCCCUGAUAAUGAACAGCUACGGUUACAGUCGCCUACAGAGGAGAAUGAGCCACUCUAAUUCAAGUGUUGUUUAACCCUAUAGACACGAAGCUAGUGAUAGACAGGGGAACUGAGGACCAACUCUGGGGAGUGUCAUGUCUGUGAUGUAACAAACAUUCUUCAUGGGCACACUGCUGUCAGACAUUACUGUUGAUGGUCGCCAGGGAUACCAAUCUUAUUAUCCUAAAUUACUGUUGUUGGUCACCGGGGAUAUGGACAGUACUGGUGUUGGUAACCAGGGAUAUAGACAGUACUGGUGUUGGUAACCAGAGAUAUAGACAGUACUGGUGUUGGUAACCAGGGAUAUAGACAGUACUGUUAUUGGUAACCAGGGAUAUAGACAGUACUGUUGUUGGUAACCAGGGAUAUAGACAGUACUGGUGUUGGUAACCAAGGAUAGGGACAGUACUGUUGUUGGUUACCAGGGAUAUAGACAGUACUGUUGUUGGUAACCAGGGAUAUAGACAGUACUGGUGUUGGUAACCAGGGAUAGGGGCGGUACUGUUGUUGGUUACCAGGGAUAUAGACAGUACUGUUGUUGGUAACCAGGGAUAUAGACAGUACUGGUGUUGGUAACCAGGGAUAGGGGCGGUACUGUUGUUGGUAACCAGGGAUAGGGACAGUACUAUUGUUGGUUACCAGGGAUAUAGACAGUACUCUUGUUGGUAACCAGGGAUAUAGACAGUACUGGUGUUGGUAACCAGGGAUAUAGACAGUACUGUUAUUGGUAACCAGGGAUAUAGACAGUACUGUUGUUGGUAACCAGGGAUAGGGGCGGUACUGUUGGUCACCAGGGAUAUAGACAGUACUCUUGUUGGUAACCAGGGAUAUAGACAGUACUGGUGUUGGUAACCAGGGAUAUAGACAGUACUGUUGUUGGUAACCAGGGAUAGGGGCGGUACUGUUGGUCACCAGGGAUAUAGACAGUACUCUUGUUGGUAACCAGGGAUAUAGACAGUACUGUUGUUGGUAACCAGGGAUAUAGACAGUACUGGUGUUGGUAACCAGGGAUAUAGACAGUACUGUUGUUGGUCACCAGGAAUAUAGACAGUACUGUUGUUGGUCACCAGGAAUAGGGACGGUACUGCCCUAAAUUUCUGUUGUUUGCCAGGGAAAGGGAUGUAAUUGUCCUUCAUUAGUGAUACUGCUUGCCACAGAAAUCUACAUUUUACCCCACUGUCCUGCAUAAUUGAUGCUUUAGUAUACGUAGUCGGUUACCCUCAUCAAGGUGUGGAAUUUACUGAUUUCUUCAGUAGUAUUUGGUCACAAAGGGUCACUGUCCUAUUUUAUUGACAACAAAUAAAAUCCCUUAGUAACUUGCGACGUCAGGCUAAGACUGUUGAUUCAGUUAUUUCGUUAGAGUAUCUGAACCCAUUACACAAUAUGCUGAAUAUAAUAUAUCUCUGUGCACUGCUUAAUUUAGCAGUCCUGAGUUUCAACUGUCAUACUGUGGCCCUGGGUUACCACAGUUGUGCAAUGUUUCCUGAGCUGUCGGUUACCACUGUGCUACUGUUGUCCAAGAUUACCACAGGUGACCAAUGUGACCUGAGCUGUCUGCUCCACUGUUUACCUUGGCUACCAUGGGUUACAACUGUUUCCUUAGCUGUCACUUUCUCACUGUUGCCCUUGGUAACCAUGAGGCUAGCACUGUUGCCCUCGGUAACCAUGGGGUUACCACUGUCACUGUCCAACUGUUGCCCUCGGUAACCAGGGGGAUUACCACUGUCGCUGUCUCAUUGUUGCCCUUGGUGACUAUGGGGUUACCACUGUUUCCCUUGGUAACCAUGGUGUUACUACUGUCACUAUACCACGUUUGCCCUUGGUAACUAUGGUGUUAAUGCUGUGUCCUGUGCUGUCACUGUCCCACUUACGUCCUAUGAGCAUCACUUUGUCACUACCAAAUACAUUGUACAUUUGUACAAAUAAGAAAAUGUGAAUGAUGUUGUUACCAGGGACCGAGGAAGGACCGUUUGUGGUCUAACUUAUAUGAGCUUAAAUGUUAUCCAUCAUGAUUUCCAGCUAUUGAUCUAGUGACAGGCCUCUAGUACCUGUUUUCUGCUGAAGAGGCCCGAGUUAGCACUGCCUUACUUGGUGUGGACAAAGUCAGAUGUUGGCACCUAUAGAUAGUGGAUGAAGUAUUGAUUCAUACCAGAUCAGUAUGAAAAGCUCUGAAACUCCUGCAAAAUAAACAGUGUUUUCACUGCCUAGAUAGACGGAGCUAUAUUUUAGGUUGUAUACAGGUGUUUGCUGUUGAGUUGUGGGUUAGCAAGGACUGAUGACAUCACUUAGUGGUAGGUUAGCAAGGACGACUGAUGACAUCACCAGGUUGUGGGUAGAUGUCGACUGAUGACAUCACCAGGUUGUGGGUAGAUGUCGACUGAUGACAUCAUUAGGUUGUGGGUAGGUGAGGACUGAUGACAUCACCAGGUUUUAGGUAGAUGACAACUGAUGACAUCACCAGGUUGUGGGUAGAUGACGACUGAUGACAUCACCAGGUUGUGGGUAGAUGUCGACUGAUGACAUCACCAGGUUGUGGGUAGAUAUCGACUGAUCACAUCUCCAGGUUGUAGGUUAGCAUGGAAUUAUGACAUCACUAGGUUGUGGGUUAGCAAGGAAUUAUGACAUCACUAGGUUGUGGGUUAACAAGGACUGAUGAUAUCACUAGGUUGUGAGCCGCUGAGGACUGAUGACAUCACUAGAGUGUUGGUUAGUGAAGUCAUUGAAGUGAACAUCAUGACAUACCAUUGUGACACCCAUGUGAAGUAAACAUGACAUAACAAAAGGGAGUGAUUCCCCAUUGUUUCAUUCCCUAGAACUUGAGAGGCACCUAAAACCAAUGUGGCAAGCAGUUUGUGACAUCCUUCAUCCUUAAUGUGGCAACAACUGUGGAAGGCUGUUUGUGACACAGGUACACCACUCUGACAGGUUGUGACCCCCUAACACUAAUGUGGCAACAACUAUGGAAGGCUGUUUGUGACACAGGUACACCACUCUGACAGGUUGUGACCCCCUUACACUAAUGUGGCAAAGUGUGGCAACCUAGCACCACAGUGGAUGCGUUUCUGGCACCUAACACCACAGUGGCAGGCUGCGGCACCUUACACUGCUGAAGCAGUCCAUGGCGACCACAGUGGCAGGCUGCGGCACCUUACACUGCUGAAGCAGUCCUUGGCGACCAGAGUGGCAGGCUGCGGCACCUUACACUGCUGUGGCAGUCCUUGGCGACCACAGUGGCAGGCUGCGGCACCUUACACUACUGUAGCAGUCUGUGGCGACCACAGUGGCAGGCCUUUGGUUGUAAAUCUGGAACACUUUGGAUUGGCCUCCCCAUCUUAUAGGCAUGACAGACCCCUGGGUAGUUGAUAUUUUGUAUAUUUUGAUGGCGGGGAAUAUUCGCCUGUGACUAGGAUUAGUGUGUGUGUUCGUGCGCGUGUGUGUAUGUGUGUGUGUAGGUGAAUUUUGGGUGUAAGUAGUUGUUUGUGUAUAUAUAGGGGUGAAAGAGAGUUUAUUUGUAGUGCUGUAUAUUAUAUACAUAAUUAUAUAUGUUUCAAACAUUUCCUCUUUUCAGUCUUUAAGAUAAGUAUAAGACUGGCUGCUAUCAAAAUAAUGUAUAUUUUCUUUUCAAAAAAAAAAAAAACCGGCGAUGUGGAACGGUUUGCAAUUUUUUGUUUAUUAUGACAAAGAAACAUUAUACCAAUGAUCUGAUUAUAAUGUCCAUAUGAUAUAUGUAAUAUGCUGAAGCUCCCCUGUAGCUGUACGGUGACUAUAUGGGACUGUGUGUGGACACAUUUUGUAGGUCUUGAGCCAGUAUCUUGUGGCACCUGUCGUCAUGGCCACAAGGCUUUGUUGGGUAAAACCAAAGGACCAUGGCAGGUUGUAGUACCAAUUAAAACAGGUUAUACGGUAUUACCAACAUGACAAAUUAUCAUACAGUACAUUGGACUUUAUGUAAAGUAGGAUUGAACAGAUGAAAACCUACAUGUAUCCCAUCUCACACACACUAUUCUAGAAAAGCUAGCAACGUUUAAUAUUUGAUUAAUUUAAGACAAGAGAUUUCAAAUAUCUUUACAUACAUGGCAAGACAAAUCCAAGUCGCAACAGAUACCAAUUAUAUAUACUAGGUAUAGCAUAGCAUUCGAACAAAACCACUGGAAACAAGGAAAACAUGAUAUAAAUAGAAAUGUGAUGAAAAGUGAAAUCUAACUUAGAAAACAACUUUACAUUAAAAGGAGUGUUCUAUAAAGUGGAAUCUACUGUAUCACAUUUACACUUGACUGUGGUAUAUACUCCUGAUUCAUAGACAUAUUUCUCAUGUUUAAAUGAUCAGGGCAAGACUGUCUCCAAAAUUUGAAAGAGGAAUGUGACACUUUUUGUAAACUGAAAAGUUAAACUGGGCCAGAACAGUUACUGAUACAUUUAACUACCAAAUAAGAGAUUUAAUUGUGACACUCACAUAGUCCCUGUACAUGGCGAGUUGGUGAACAUGGUUUAUCAAUGUACAUUGUGAGUCAUAUACACUCAACUCAAUGUACAUUGUGAGUCAUAUACACUCAACUCAAUGUACAUUGCAAGUCACUAUCCAAUCAACUCAAUGUACACUGUGAGUCAUAUACACUCAACUCAAUGUACAUUGUGAGUCAUUAUACACUCAACUCAAUGUACACUGUGAGUCAUAUACACUCAACUCAAUGUACACUGUGAGUCAUUAUACACUCAACUCAAUGUACAUUGUGAGUCAUAUACAGUCAACUCAAUGUACAUUGCAAGUCACUAUCCAAUCAACUCAAUGUACAUUGUGAGUCAUAUACACUCAACUCAAUGUACAUUGUGAGUCAUUAUACACUCAACUCAAUGUACAUUGUGAGUCAUUAUACUUGGCUACUAUACACUCAGUUGGCUACAUUAGGCCUCCACAUUCAUGAUAAUUCAUGAUCAGUGUACACAGCAAGUCAAUUUACAUGGAUGAGAGUCCAUAUACAUGGUGAAUCCAUAUACAUGGUGAGUCCAUAUACAUGGUGAGCUUAUAUAGAUGUUGAGUCACUAUACAGUCAAUUCAAUGUACAUAGGCCUCCACAUUUGUGAUAAUUUAGUGUACUCGGCAAUUCAGCGUACAUAGUGAGUCAAUGUACAUUAUGAGUCAAUAUACAUUGUGAGUCAAUAUACAUGGUGAGCUAACGUACAUGACGAGUCACUUUACAGUCAAGUCUAUGUACAUAAGGCCUCCACAUUUAUGAUAAUUUGAUGUACAUGGCAAGCCAGUGUAUGGUAAGUCAAUGUAUAUGGUACUACUGUAUGUUAUACAUGGUUAUGGUCCCACAGUAACAUAUCUCUGUACAUGGUAACACUUGUGAUAUUAUUUAUGACAGCAGGGUUCUCUUCUAGUUUAUUUAGUUGUUAGAAUUAAGGGUUGUGCAAUCAUCUUUAAUGUUUUCUCAGUUGAUUUUACUGAAAAUUUAGUCAUUUUUAUUAUUUAUAAAAUAUAUAUAUAUAUUACUGACUGGUUGUUUUUGUUUUUUGCUCUUUAUGAUUUAAUUAAACACUACAGUUUAUAUGAACUAGAGUUUAUUGUCCGUUAUGUGGACAAACUGGUAUUCCUUCAAGGUAGAUCAAAAAUAUUCUCAAUCAAAAGAUAGAGAAAAAAAUCAAUAUGAAUCUGUUUAACAAUAGGGAGGGUGAUUAUGACUCCUCAACUGUUAAUGGGACUAAUAGUACAUUUGUACAAAAGAAAAAAAAUAGACUGGAAUUGCGGACCAUAUUUUGGUAGGACAUCCAAGUAUCAAAACUCUAGUGCAGUCAUUUACAAUGGACAGGUAGCUUAGUCCAAUUCUCACGUUAGAAUCUCAUUUAAAUUUUAUUUUUAAGAUAUAUUUUACCUUUUUUAUAUAGAUUUUGCUUCUAUUGACGGGAUAACUACCGUAUCUAUCCUCAAAUAAGCCCCCUCCCCUAGUGUAAAAGUUUAGUAUUAAAGUUUUGGGAGGGCUUAUUUGUGAACCAAUUUUAGCUUCCUAUAUGUAUUUUAAAUUUUAUAAUUCUAUAAAAAUGAAGAAGGGGGCUUACUUGUGGAUAAAUACAGCAUUAAUGCGGUACUCGUCUGAUAAUGAACCUCAGUGUACACAUGUGCUGACUAAGUCUUAAGAUACAAUGUCAGGAUUUUUUUUACAUGUGUGUGUACACAUGCUGGUGUAUAUGUCUGCUGACCUAAGUCUAAGAUGUAAAGUUAAAGAUUUUACAUAUGUGUGUACACAUGCUGAUAUGCACAUCGGCGGACUAAGUCUGAGAUGUGCAGUAAUUCAUUGCAUAGUAAUUAAGAUACAUUAGUUUUGUCAUGUGGUUUCCACACACAUAUAUAUAAAUAUAUAGACUAUCUACCAGUACCCACUAACUAUUGGGACCCAUUACCAACCAGUACCCAAAAUAUAGUACUACCUGUACCCCCUACCAAGUACUACCUGUACCCACUACCUAGUACUACCUGUACCCACUACCCAAUACUACCAGUACCCACUACCCAGUACUACCUGUACCCACUACCCAGUACUACCUGUACCCACUACCCUUUACUACCAGUACCCAGUACUACCAGUACCCACUUCUUAGUGCUUCAUGUACCCACUACCCAGUACUACCUGUACCCACUACCCAGUACUACAUGUACCCACUACCCAGUACUACCUGUACCCACUACCCAGUACUACCUGUACCCACUACCCAGUAAUACCUGUACCCACUACCCAGUAAUACCUGUACCCACUACCCAGUACUACCUGUACCCACUACCCAAUACUACAUGUACCCACUACCCAGUAAUACCUGUACCCACUACCCAGUACUACAUGAACCCACUACCCAGUACUACAUGUACCCACUACCCAGUACUACAUGUACCCACUACCCAGUACUACAUGUACCACUACCAGUACUACAUGUACCCACUACCCAGUAAUACCUGUACCCACUACCCAGUACUACCAGUACCCACUACCCAGUAAUACCUGUACCCACUACCCAGUACUACCUGUACCCACUACCCAGUACUACCAGUACCCACUACCCAGUAAUACCUGUACCCACUACCCAGUAAUACAUGUACCCACUACCCAGUAAUACCUGUACCCACUACCCAGUACUACCUGUACCCACUACCCAGUAGUACCUGUACCCACUACCCAGUACUACAUGUACCCACUACUAAGUACUACCUGUACCCACUACCCACUACCAAGUACUACCAGUACCCACUACCCAGUACUACAUAUACCCACUACCUACAAGUUUGCUGGAUGCACAGAUACAGAUACUAGCAAAUUUUGGUUGUAGCAAUAAUACAUACAUAGUUUUGCUGUCAACACAGUUUCUAGUGAUUUGUUGCUGUAUCACUGACAUAAGGUCUGAUACUGUAUAGAACUACACACAGGUUAUACAAUGGUACGUAUGUAGAGUGUCAAUCUGAUUAAAAUUAGACUUCCAUUAAUUAAUUUCCACUCCUCUACGAUACUCUACCAUACACUGCAAUACUUGCAAUACAGGAGUGGAAAUUACAAGUCUAAUUUUAGAUUGGUAGAGUGUGUACUGGUACAUGGAAUGUAUUUAUCAUUAUAUGUGUGAAACACCGCCUGGUUUUACCGCCAGGACGGCGUACAGCUUACACACAGACAUAGAUAUUUGUGUUACCUCUUUGGCCAUGAAAUUAAUUGUGAUAUGUUUACCACUGCAUUGUUGUGGUAAAGUUUUACCACUGCGUUGUCAUGGCAAUGUUUACCACUGCGUUGUCAUGGUAAAGUUUUACUACAGCGUUGUCAUGGUAAUGUUUACCACUGCAAUGUCAUGGUAAUAUUUACCACUGCGUUGUCAUGGUAAUGUUUACCAUUGUGUUGUCAUGGUAAUAUUUACCUCUUUGUUGUCAUGGUAAUGUUUACCAAUGCAUUAUCAAGGUAAUGUUUACCACUGCGUUUUCAUGGUAAAGUUUACCAUUGCGUUGUCAUGGUUCCAUCAGUCUUUGGUUUCCUUAUAUGGUGUCAGAUUUCAUGGCUUAUUUGAUAAAUAGAUUAUUGUUAAGGAAUCAGAAGAAGAAUAAAGAUAAAAGUUUUCAAUUG